CGAAGUAUUGAGAUUCUCUGGUAAUUCGAGCAUCGAGCAAGCGUCACCAGUCUGCUGUUCGAUUGAAAGAGACCAGUUGCUGUCUUCUCACUCCAAUAAGAUAUCCCAGCUCCCAGUUCUCGGGGGUGGAAAAUUAAAUCAAGACAGAACUGAAGAGGUAGCAUCAGCUCGUGCUUCUGAAGCUGCCGAAAUAAGUUUGGAAAGACUUGGAGGUAUUCCAACACUGUUAGACCCGCUCGCAAUCUUGGACCCGAUGGUCCUAUGAUCCAGCAUCCUAGUAGAGAACGAGAAGCAAUGGACCUAGGAUAUAGUUUUGGCGUCUACGAUGCCAAUACUGGUUUUCUAUACGAUGCAGAUCUGGCCGGUCACGUUGUGCUUGAUAUCUCUGGACAUUACUCACCAGAAAGAGGCUACCAGAGAAGUCACAGCAUAUCAACUAAUGUUGGGCAAACCUCCUUCUCAAGGGACACUGGUAAUUCGUGGAGAAAGACAUUGGAUUGGCUCCCUGAUUACUCGGGUCUUGUCGAGCGUCGGAAUGAGCAGAUGUGUACAGGUACGGUUCGACCAUCAGUUAUAAUCGGUCCUGAUGAAAGCGCUACCGGGAUGGUAUCUACUAGUCCAAGAGUCAGAAUUUUGUCAGAUACGCUUUCCGAGGUUCAGAAGUACUGGUCAAUCAAACCACGUCGCAAAACUUGCUUCAUGCGUCAUUUAUGGCGGGACAUGGCUCUUGACCCUGGCAAUGAUUGUUCAGACAUGGUAACGACAACAGAGAAUGAAAUUGAAAACUACAAUGACUGGAGGAUUCCCGAUAAUUGCAUGCUUCGAAUGAAAGAAAUGUGGCAAGACAUCACAAGACAUCGUCGGCAUGCACUAUCCUCUGCUAGUCAAUGUCCAAACUUUGGAGAUCGGUUUACUAUUCUAGACUUCUCUCAUACACCUCUGGAAUACAGUAAACGGGUUGAAUAUCACAAAACCAGGAAGUUUCAUGAGCUACUGAACUUAGGCCUUGACCUCUAUCUACAAAAAUUCUAUCAUUUGAUGCCAAUGAUUCAUCUAUCUACUUUUAGAUUAGCUGACGAGUCCACUCUGCUGGUAUUUCUGAUGUGUACACUUGGACUCACCUUUGCUAAUACAGAGGAAGCCUCAACCUUCGUGCAUGAUACCUUUGAGGGAAUAUUGGAGAGAGUUAUCCUCGAGGUUAGCGAUAAUAGCUUCGAUAAUGCAACGUCAACUGGGAAAAUGCAGUUAUGGUUGAUCUUGGUGCACGUUCUCGCGUUGAUAAUUGUUACAGGGGUAAGUGAACAUCUUCUAACACCGUUUCCCACAGAGAGACUGGAGGCUUGCCAGCUAAAUGUUUCUCAGAAAUACGGUCUCUUCUCUGUUGAAUGUGCUGAAGACUAUGAUAUGGCCCGCGUCUGGUCCAUUUCUGACAAAAGCAAGCAAUGGAGAACAUGGGCCCGAGUAGAGUCAACAAAACGUAUUGUCAUUGGCCUCAUUCUGGCUGAUGCUUGGUUCUCGGAGUUUUUUUCUACUGACCCGAUCAUUCGAACCUAUAACAUACACUUGUUUGUUCUAUCAGAUCGCAAAUCCUUCGAAGCGAGAUCUGCAAAGGAGUGGGCGCAGCUAAGGAACGAUUGUCGAGAGUCAUCCUCCGGUCGUGCGGUUUUCUUGUCUUCAGACAUACAGCUUCCGGUUCUGUGUAAAAAGGUUGACCCGUUCUUCAUUCACGGUUUACUUAGUUUGACACUGUUACGGGUAUACCACGACUAUGAACGUUUACUCCUUGAUGAUAUCCUCACACAACAUUACUCCAUCCCGUGGAAAGCAGUUGCGACUGAUCAACAAGCGCAAAAGACCACGGGUCUAGUAACACAAAUAAUGCGGUUGUAUGGUGACGUUCUUGAAUAUGGAGAUCCAAAUACCAUGGUGUUUUGGCACUAUAUCUGCAUUUUGGAGACAUGUGAUAUCAGGCUACUGGAACUUGGUGCAGGGAGAAAUGGAGAUGCAUAUGCCAGACAGGCAGUACGAGAGCUUUCUCUUUGGUCUCGCACUCCAGCGGCGCGACGUGCUUGCUUGCAUGCUGCUCAAAUUUUCAGUAUUAUUUCUCAACAACGACGAUUGGAUAGUAUCAUGUUCCUGUCAGUGUAUGCCCUAUUCGUGGCUGCUUUAACUUUGGGAUUCUUCUUUCUCAGCUUGCCACCCGAUAUUGAUACUCUCGAUGAGCCCCUUGACCUUCUUGAUAACGUCGACUGGAAACGCAUCGCCGAGGAUGGCAUUUCUGAGGCAUGUUUGACGGAAAGAACCGACGACUCUGCCGUCAACUUUGUUCGAUUUGGAAAUAUGAUAUUGAUGGGGGGCGAACAGUAUCAUGGUGGCUUCCGCUAUUCUCGACGUGCCCUACAGGACUUUGCUAUUCUUUGGAUGAAGCCACUAACUGCAAUAAUGGAAAUUACUCACAGUUGUUGCGUGCCGUAAUCGAUGCCCU